UAACACCAUCCCCAGAGCUGCUGCCAGUCAGAGGCGGUGCUGCACUGAGUGUAGGAAAAGCAGAAUAAAAGGAGCAGGUUAUUUCCCUAUUCCUGCAUGACUCGCCUAUUCACCUCCACACUAAGGAGUUGGUGCCUGCUGCUGCUACCCCCGCUGAUAUUUACGGGUCUUUGCUGGAACUCCACCAUUUGGACCAGUAUGUGCUCAGGUCUAGUGGAAAACUAUGUGGCUGCCAUGGUUCUUAGUGCUGCAGGAGAUGCCAUCGGCUAUAAUCGUGGCAAAUGGGAAUUCAAAAGAAAUGGACAGCAGAUCCAUAAUGAGCUGGCCGAACUGGGUGGCAUAGAGAAUAUUGAUGUGAAGCAGUGGCUUGUUAGCGACGACACUAUAAUGCACAUUGCCACUGCUGAGGCCUUGGUGGAGGCAGGCAAAAACACAGACCCAACUAAGCUCUAUCCCUUGCUGGCAAAGAAAUACAAAGAAUGCAUGGAUGACAUGGAUGGCAGAGCUCCUGGCGAUACUUGCAUGAGCAGUGCUGAUCAGCUCGACCCAAAAACUCCUGAUGGAUGGAAGAUUCCAUUUCAGAAAUAUGGUGGGGGCUGUGGUGCAGCUAUGCGUGCCAUGUGCAUUGGACUGAGAUUUCGUCAUCCAGACCAGAUGGACGACCUUAUUCGAAUAAGCAUAGAGAGUGGCAGAAUGACUCAUCAUCACCCGACUGGAUAUCUGGGAUCAUUGGCUGCUGCAUUGUUUUCCUCUUAUGCAAUAAAUCGUAAGCCACCCCACGAGUGGGGUAAAGCUUUGCUUGAUGUCUUGCCCAAAGCCAAAGCUUAUGUGGAGAAAUCUGGCAGAGAUGUACAGGAUAAUCUAAAUUCUUGGUCUUACUUUGAAAGCAGCUGGAAGUCGUACCUUUCUCUGAGAGGCAUCUUAGAUGGAAUGUCACAACCAAAGUUUCCUGAGAAUUAUGGUGUGGAGGAAAGGGAUUCAUUUUACACUUCUCUUAGCUACAGUGGUUGGGGUGGCAGCAGUGGGCACGAUGCCCCCAUGAUCGCAUAUGAUGCCAUUCUUGGUUCUGGGGACAGUUGGACUGAACUUUCCCACAGGGCUUUUUUCCAUGGGGGAGACAGUGAUUCUACUGCUGCCAUUGCAGCAUGCUGGUGGGGGGCAAUGUAUGGCUUUAAGGGUGUAAGUCAAGCCAACUACAAAAAGCUGGAAUACAGAGGCAGACUAGAAAAACUGGGAAGAGGCUUAUAUGACCUCUCAUAGAGGAUGGCGUGAUGGAAGGAGUAUUCUAAAACAAUAUCGGUAAUAGCACUGACACAGACAGCAGCUGCAUAACCAAUUCAAGUAUUCCUACUGCUACCAUCCUAAAAUUAUGCAUUUGCAUGUGGGGCCAUAAUAAAGGGCAUACACUAUAAUUAAACCAUAAUUCCAUUACCAGUAUAAUAAUAUGAAUUACAUAAUGCAUUUAAAAGCAUAUAUCAAAUAAUUUACAAUAUUAGCCUGUGCGUGACCAAUAGCUAUACCCUUAGGAUAAACAGUCCAAAUAAAAUAAUUUACAAGUAAAGACAACUGCCGUAACCAAGCUAGUGAGGGAAUCAGAAGCUCAAUCAAGAUGCUAUAGAAUGCUACACAAUACACAAAAGGUACACAAAGAAGAGUUUCUCUUCUUUUAUUGGGUUACAUGCUGCAAUAACUUAAAGCAGCAAGACUGGCCGGAUUAUGCAUUUGCAUGUGGGGCCAUAAUAGAGGGCAUAAACCAUGGAUAUAAUUCCAUUACCAGUAUAAUAAUUAUAUGAUUUAGAUAAUGCAUUUAAAAGCAUAUAUCAAAUAAUUUACAACAUUAGCCUGUGCGUGACCUGUAGCUAUACCCUUAGGAUAAACAGUCCAAAUAAAAUAAUUUACAAGUAAAGACAACUGCCGUAACCAAGCUGGUGAGGGAAUCAGAAGCUCAAUCAAGAUACAAUAUAAAAGCUAUAGAAUGCUACACAAUACAAUUUUUCUCAGAAAGAAAAAAAAGGUACACAAAGAAGAGUUGCACCAUCAUAAAAUUGAUCAUAUUAAAGACUGCAGAAACAUUCUACUUCAGAGGGCUGGGGAUUGAGAUCUUUUGAGGCACUUGGACAUCAAUACUUUGAAGGCUCUCUUCAGAUACUCAAAAUUCUCAGAAGAGAGCUACUCAUAGUGUCAAAUGUAUGGCUAACAAAUAUAGCAGGAACACUUGAAUAUAAACCCCCUAAAACACAAAUAAUAAAUACAAUUGGUACUAUGUUUAAUGCUGCAAACAUUUCAGGACACAGGCUGUGAUUACUUUGUGUAUCAAACCAAACUACGGCAGCUUAAAGGCAUUGGCAAAUAUAGAGAUGGUAAAUCGGUUUAUAUUAAACUUUCAAACCUCUAUCUCUUGUGAACUUAGGAUCUCACCUUGCACCUUACUAUAUGUGGAGUCCUGUGGGAUUGAUAUUGUUUCUCUUCUUUAUUGGGUUGCAUGCGGCAAUAACUUAGAGCAGCAAGACUGGCAGUAUAGAUGAAAUUAAGAAGAAUUAUCAUUUAAAGACACGCCUUUACUUACGGUACGUAUAAGACAGUAGCUUCUUUUUCCUAUUGCACACACUCCAUAUGACUAGUCUGAGGAGGUCUGGACUUUUAAUGCUGAUUCCAUAGGUAGUAUAUAUUUACAUGAAAACAACUCAUUUUCAAACCCCAAACCAAUAGUGUUGCAUUUAUUUCAAUUUAAUUUUCUCUUCAAUUCAAAUGUCCAAACUGCCAGUGUGUCCACAUCAUCCUUUGUCUUUUAGUCAUUCUGUUUUGCUAUGCCUUCACUAUGCACAAAAUAUAUACCACAUAUGUACUAUAUAUGUAAUUGCAGUACCAGUGUAAAAUAUAUAUAUAGAGUGGCAACUACUAAACAGGGUUGAUAAACCAAAAAAUGCAAUGCUUUUAUUUCUGUUGUGUAUUUAUUAUACAAAUAAAAAUUAUUUGUAAAGUA